AUGAAAGCAUCAAGCUCGACGGAAGGGUUUUUCCAAGUCCAGCCGUCAAUUCAACCCCAGAUUCAGGAGGAUGCAGUGCUUCGUCGGAUCGUGUCUUUGCACCUGCCGUCCCCUCUGCCACCGAGCCUGGAGAAAGACCUUACUCGAUUUUCCAGCUUGGUAAUAUCUAAGCCAGUUCUUGAUUUUGCUGCUGAGGCUGAACGUAAUCAGCCAUACCUGAAACCACUCUCUACUUUUGGUAUCGAGAAUAAACAGGAUCCACUGGUUACUGGAGAAGGAUGGCGUGCACUUCAAGACAUCAAUAUUAGAGAAGGCCUCGUGGGGCUCGCUCCUGAGCCGGGAUUGACUGGCCACGGUACACAGUGGAAUACCCGAGUGUCCAAGGGCAUCAAAAGUCAUCUUUGGACCCCAAGUUCGGCAAUGGUGACAUGUCCAGGUAGCAUGACCGAUGGUGCUGCAAAACUGCUUAGCAGACACCUUGACAGUGAAAAUGGCCGGAUAUUUGCUGAGGCGCUGAAAAGGCUUACAAGUCGGGACCCGUCUAUCGCUUGGACAAGCGGACAGUGGAUGACAGAGCGAUCGGGUGGAAGUGACGUGCGCGGCACAGAAACUGUAGCCCGCAAACUUACACCUAAAGAGAUGGAGGAGGACGACGGGGUUGAUUCCGAGGGUAUGCCACUGGGUCCCUGGCGACUUGAUGGGUUUAAAUGGUUCUCCUCGGCCACGGAUGCAAACAUGUCCAUUAUGCUGGCCAAAACGGGAGAGCAUUCCAUCAGUGCCUUUUAUGCACCAUUAAGAAGGCAAGUUAAAGGGAAAGAUCCCCGGGAAAGCGAACUAAACGGAGUUCGCAUCCAGAGGUUAAAAAACAAGUUUGGCACAAAAGCACUCCCUACUGCGGAAUUGGAGAUAAAGGGGAUGAGAGGCUACCUUGUCGGCAAAGAAGGCCAAGGGGUGAAAGAAAUCUCAACUAUUCUUAACAUCACCAGGACCGGAAACUGCAUCGCAUCAGUCAGCUAUUGGGGGAGAUCAUUAGCUAUCUGUCGAGCUUAUUCUAAAGUAAGAGUGACAAGUGGAAGGCUCCUUCAAGACACGCCGUCAUACGUGAGAACACUGGCAAGAGACCACGUCAAAUAUGCAGCAAGCAUGCAUCUAACAUUUUUUAUUGUGGCCCUUCUUGGUGUCUCUGAGGGAAGCAGCAGUUCUUCCUGCAUGGCGUCACAAACAAAUAUAUUGCCUCGGGAUAAUAAUCAUACCCUUGCAUUGCUCCGGCUGCUCACACCUAUGGCAAAGGCAAGAACUGCGCUCCGUGCUAUUAAGGGGGUGCGAGCAAGUAUGGAGAAUCUCGGCGGGAUUGGGUAUCUUGAAAAUGAAGACCCUAUCCUGAAUAUUUCCAGGAUUUUCCGUGAUACUUGCGUUCUCAGCAUCUGGGAAGGAACUACGGAGGUCAUGGCAGAUGACUUAAUGCGAGUUGUUAAAGGCAGCAAGGGCCCGGACUGCUUGGAUGCUCUGGAUAAAUGGGUAGCCCAUGGCCUAAGGGUAGCCAGGACACACUCAUUCACCGAUGAGGUGAUUGUUCUCCAGCAACUCUGGGCCGAAUUCUUAUCCUACGUUCGAACAAAGGAUAGAGAAGAACUCAACCUGUAUGGCAGGAAAUGCCUGAAAGAUUUAGAGCGGCUUGUAUGCGGUUGUCUGCUUAUCAUAGAUGCGUCUAGAGAUGGUGAUGGGGUUGCUAAAGAGAUUGCUAGACGUUGGAUCCUCAGAGAUGCCAUUUCUCCAACGUCAUGGACAGAUGAAGUGGGCUGGGACAGCCGUAUUGUAUAUGGGGAUAGUGCAAGGCCGCGAGAUGCUCGUUUAUAA